AUGAACGAGAUAUAUGAGGAAGUUUUUGGCGACAAUCAUGAGUUAUCGAAAGAGGAUAACAACAAUGGUGAUGAAGGAUAUGAUGUGACAGUGGAAGAGGAACGUAACAACAAUGAUGAAGAAGGAGAUGAUGUGAUAGAAGAAGAGGACGAAAAUAACAACAGAAAAGAAGCAACUACUGUGAUCCUAGAUUCUAAUGGUGUAGACGACGACAACGACGAUGAUGAUGAUGUUUCGGGUGAAGAUCUUAUAGCCAAUAUGGCUCCUAUGAAGGGAACAGAAUAUGAUUCAAAAGAGAGCCUUAUGAUAUAG